AUGGGAUUCAAGCAAGCCACCUGUGACAAUUCUUUAUUCACCAGAGGAUCAGGUGAAAAUUUCCUUGCUCUUCUUGUAUAUGUUGAUGAUGUAAUUCUGGCUAGUAGUGAUGAAAGUCAGAUACAGCAAGUGAAGGAUCAUCUACAUUCAGUAUUUCAAAUUAAAGACCUAGGAAAGCUGAGGUUUUUUCUAGGAUUUGAAAUUGCUAGAAGUAAUAAAGGGAUUGUCAUGACACAAAGAAAAUAUGCACUAGAUCUUCUACAGGAUGCAGGCUUUCUUGAGAGCAAACCUGCAAAGUGCCCUAUGGUUCAAUCAAACAAACUCUCCAAAACUGAUGGUGCAGCUCUGGAAAAUAACUCCACGUACAGAAGGUUAAUAGGAAAGCUCCUAUAUUUGACAGUCACAAGGCCUGACAUUAGCUUUGCUGUACAACAACUCUCUCAAUUUUUGGACAGUCCUACUACCACUCACAUGCAAGCAGCACACAGAGUUUUGAGAUACAUCAAGGGCAACCCUGGACAAGGACUAUUUUUUCCUGCAAAUUCAGACCUUAAACUCAGUGGCUUUGCUGAUUCAGACUGGGCUUCAUGUCCUGACACAAGAAAGUCUGUAACUGGAUUCUGUAUUUUCUUAGGAGGAGCCCUGAUAUCCUGGAAAUCUAAGAAACAAAACACAGUCUCAAGAUCUUCAUCUGAGGCUGAAUAUAGAGCCAUUGCCCUUGCCUCAUGUGAGAUAUAG